AAAGAAAAUGGAAAUCAAAGUUGAAUGGAGGAGAAGAAAGUGAAGGACGUGGCGAAAUGGAAGCCCACCUUCUCACACAGCAACCCUGCUCCCUCUUCACUCGCCCUCCAUCUCCUCGUCGCAAUCCCAAGCUACCCAUUACCCCGAAUCUUUCCUCGCAUUCUCGCCGCUCCUGUUCUACCAGGUACCGCCCCUGGGACUCCAACUCCGAACCCGUUCGCUCCUCCUGGAGAUCCGGCUUCCAGGACGGCGAAGACGAAGAGUAUGACAAAGACCAAGCUUCUGAAUUUGGCCUCGGAGGAAGCAGAAGGAAGAAGAAUAAUAAUAGGAAGAGGAAGUGGUGGACCGACGAGUAUUCUUCGUCGCCGGAGAUGGAGGAAGAGUCUGGUGGGAUCUUCGAGGAAGCCAUUGACAGCCUCUGGAUUUUAAAGGUAUUCAGAUCCUAUGGUUGGGCUCUCCCCUUCAUUAUUGUGUCUUGGCUGCUAGCUACGGGCCCAAAAGCUUUUCUUAUGGCAUUAGCACUUCCCGUUGGCCAGUCAGCUGUGUCUCUGGUGUUUGAAAAGUUGUGGGGAAAAACACGAAACAGGCCGAAACGCAAGUCCAGGAUGAGGAGGAAACCACCUGUGAGCACCGCAAGUAAUGUUGAAAGGGAGGCAGAAGAUCAAGAUGAAAGCCAGGAAACCAGACAGGGGAAAGUGGGAUAUCAAUCAUGGGUUGCUGGCAAUAAAGGUCCAGUCUAUGAUGGUGGCCGAGAGGCACCAAAGUUUGGUGGUUGGGAUGAACUAGAUAGAUCUCGAUUCACACGAAGAGCAUCUCAAGCAACUUCUGGGUCACGGAAUACACCAACCGAGAAGGGAAAACUGAGUCGCAGAGAGAGAAAAAGUGGCACACCUCUGCUAUUGAGAUUGCUGAUUGCUGUUUUUUCCAUUUUUAGGUUCUUGGACUAAGAUGCUAUAGUGAGUACUGAUUCCCUACCAAGGAAGCUCAAACUUGGAGCGUGGAUUUGAAUGGCCUUGCUCUUCUUACUUGACCAUAUCUGCUUCCAAGUUGAAUCAGUUAAGUCAAGGUGGAUGACGCAAAAUCAUAGGAUUUAAUCGGCAUGCUUGAGAUCCUAAUGAUGGUUUAUAACAUGCUCUACCCAAUUUCUUAGUUCCUUUGAAAUGACGAGGCUUUCCCAGAUGAGAGGAUUUUUAUAUUUUUUUCUUCAUUUCCAAUGUCAUUGUGUAUAGUCCGAAAUAUACAGUAGAAUAAAGGAUUAGAGCUGCUGCUUAGAAGCACUUGAUA